UAUGUUUGUUAUUUAGAAUUAUUUUCGACUGUAUUUAGUUAUGUCGUUUACAAUUUACAAAGCUGCAACUUUUAGAGUGCCUUACUGGAAUUGAACCCGUAAUAGUUCCACGUGUAAAUGUACUGUUCAAAACAUAUCCACGGUUUUGAGUAUCACAAAGCCUAUCAUUUCAUUGUCCAUCACAGCAAGCGCUCCAGACUCUACCCGUGAGCAGAGGCUCUAGCAGAGAUUUCUCUGUGAAGCACGCUGCUGCGUGCUGUCAUCGGGCUAGGCGGGUGGAUGCCCCACAUGUAGGAGCAAGCAAUCAACCCAAUAUCUGAGGGCAAAACACCGUUUGUUAUGACUGAAUGCGUCGGUGAAAAGCUACACAAACAUCGUGGGAUCUUAUGACAUACGUUGGUACUCAGAUAUACGCCUGAAUAAUAUCAUUGGACGCAUGCAUAGAAAUCGUGGAUCAUUUGGAAGAAAUUGCACUGAAACGAUGAGUUGCAGAUGGGGGACAGAGCUGUGGGACCAGUUUGACAACUUGGAAAAGCACACCCACUGGGGCAUUGAGUUUGUGGAGAGGUAUACAAAGUUUGUUAAAGAGAGAUCUGAAAUUGAAAUCAGCUAUGCAAAGCAAAUCAGAAACCUCUCUAAAAAAUAUCAGCCCAAGAAAAACUCAAGAGAGGAAGACGAAUACAAGUAUACGUCCUGCCGGGCCUUCCUGAUGACCCUGAAUGAGCUGAACGACUAUGCGGGACAACACGAGGUCAUCGCUGAGAAUCUCACCACUCAUAUCAUCUGUGAGCUGACACGCUACAUCCAGGAGCUGAAAGCAGAGAGGAAAUCGCAUUUCCAUGAUGGCCGCAGAGCUCAGCAACACAUUGAGAAUUCUUGGAAACAACUGGAAUCCAGUAAACGGAGAUUUGAGAGAGACUGCAAGGAGGCGGACCGAGCCCAGCAGUACUUUGACAAGAUUGAUGCUGACAUCAAUGUGACCAAAGCAGACGUCGAAAAAGUCUCAAAGCGGUGCUCUCUCAAGGCCAGACAGCAGGCCCAGUUGAAACACCAAGUGGCAGAGGACAGCAAGAAUGAAUACCUCACCUACCUGCAGAAGUUUAACAAGGAGCAGAAUGAACAUUAUUAUAGCCUUAUACCUCACAUCUUUCAGAAAAUACAGGAGAUGGAAGAGAAAAAGAUCGAGAAAGUAGGAGAGUCUAUGAAGACUUACGCAGAGGUCAAUCGGAAAGUGUUACCUAUUGUCAGCAAAUGUUUAGAUGGCAUGACCAAUGCAGCAGCAUCCAUCGAGCCAACAACGGAUACCAAGCAGGUGGUGGAAUCCUUCAAGUCUGGCUUCGAGCCACCUGGCGACGUAGAAGUUGAGGACUAUAGUCUGUCUAUGAGGCGGACCGUGUCAGAGUCCAGCUAUCUGAACUCGCGGGGGGAGGGCAAGCCCAGCCGCAGCAACAGCAGGGGCAAACUAUGGCCUUUCAAGAGAAACAAGCUCAUGUCUUUGUUAGCUUCCCCACGCCAACCACCUCCUCCCCCCCCUACCUCCCCAUCACCCGGUGCCGUGCCCAACGGCCCCAAGUCUCCCCAGCAGCCCAAGGAGCCCCUCUCCCAUCGCCUCAAUGAGUUCAUGACCUCCAAACAUAAAAUGCAAUGUUUAAGGAGUCUGACACGCGGGCUUUCUCUCAAACUGGGUUCUGGCCCUGAAGAUUGUAGUCACCUGCCUCCUGAACAGAGGAGGAAGAAGCUCCAGGCCAAAAUCAAUGACAUUAACAAGGAGCUACAAAAAGAGGUGGAUCAGAGGGAUGCUCUGACUAAAAUGAAGGACGUGUACGUAAAGAACCCACACAUGGGGGACCCCAACAGUGUGGACUCACGAUUAGAGGAGAUCGGACAAAAUAUUGACAAGUUAGAACUGGAUUCAAGGAAAUAUGAAGCCUGGCUGCUGGAGGUGGAGACAAGGUUAGCAGAGAAGAGUGACCCACACAGACGGCAAAGUGGAUUGUACGACUCCAACGCUACUACACCUGUCAACAACAACUGUGCACCUGUCAACCGAGAGAGCCCGGACGGCAGCUACACAGAGGAUCAUAGCACAGAGCAUCACCUCAAAUCUCGGAGCACCGACUUUGAUGAUGACUUUGAUGACGAGGACCCACUCCCCACUAUCGGAACCUGUAAAUCGCUCUACCCUUUCGAAGGUCAGAACGAAGGCACCAUUUCCAUGGCCGAGGGGGAGCUGCUGUAUGUCAUCGAGGAGGAUAAGGGUGACGGGUGGACGCGGGUGCGCAGGAACGAGGAUGAAGAGGGAUACGUACCCACAUCUUACAUCAAGGUCUUUUUCGACACAAAUGCCAAAGGUGCUAUGACAUACAUAUAAUUGUCAUUUUAUGAGAUGGGCAAUGGGUGGACAAACAUAAAAAAUCUCUUUGACAUUUCAACCCCCCUGAAGUUUCCGAAAUAUCCAAGAAUCAUUUUUGAGACGGAACUCGCAGAACAACGGACUGUAUUUACAUUUGUACUUGUGCUUUUUACCUUCUACCAUCUGGCACCCGUUCAAACUAAUUUUGGAGAAGUCUUUGUUUGUGUGUAUGAACAGGUGUGGAUGUGUUAAGUUGUCAGAACCAACUCGACACCACUGUCGAUAUCAGCUACACCUUGCUUCUAGCACUAAUAGUAAUAACAAAUGUCAAUUUCUUGAUUUAUUUGACCAACAAAUGUAGAUAUGUACAGUACGGUUUCUCAUAUUAGAAAGCAUUGCAUCUAAACAUAUCAAUUCCUAUUUGGAAUAGCUAAUAUUGCAUGCCUAAAGACCGACUCAUGAUAUGCAAGUUAUGCUCUUCCAGCCUCCACUGCGUUGCAUGCACAGUACAUAGUAUAUCUGCGCUUGAGAAGCAACCAUCAUUGCUGUAAGCUUGCGAAGCAGAGAGGCAAACUAAAUCAGUUGCUGCAUGCGGACAUGUUUAUCGAAGUAUCAAAGAGAGGACAUGUCUUUUUACACAGUAAAGGAAAAAAACAAUAUGAUAGUUAGUAAAGGACACUGCUUGCAUGUUGUCUUGAUUAGCAAUGGUACAACAGACUACUAGUGUAUUCUCUUCUACAAGCUGUUGACCCUCCUCCAAAAAUCUGACAAAGGGGCUUUAUUAAAGCACCUAAACUACUGAAUGUCGUGCUAAGUUUACAGUGGUGUUCUCGACAGAUAAACACUCGUUUCAUUCCCAAGACGCAUGGUGAUGCACCCACCAUUCCAUCAUUGGCAUGAUAUUAAUUUGUUGUUUUAUAAUGAUCAAUCUAUCCCCGCUUUAUUUGAUACUGAGUUGUUCUGCAUGCUUGAACCAAUCGAUAAGACAAAUGAAGUAAAAUCAGAUGCACAUAGUAUUGUAACCAGGUGAUAUUUCUGGUUUUGAAAAUGAUUAACACAUGUAACCUCGAGGUUUUCUGUCUUUAAUUUGCCAUUGACGUUCAGAAUCGCGCUCUCAAGCAGCACAGACUCGACUGUAUGCAAUACGUAAUCUGCCAGGAUGAUUGUCAGAAUGUGAAGGAAUGUCAUGGAUUUACUUUCGCUUCUCUUAAUGCAUCACAACUAACAUGUCUUGUGUGAUUUUUGUUUGUUUGUUUGCUUUUUUUGUUUGCUUUUUUUCUUAUUGCAGAUUCCUAAAAGUCUUUGGCUCGCACAGGGAUGGCAGGGCACAGGUCCUUGCGAAAGGCGCCCUCCUCUUAAAACUGUAGUCAGAGAGACGACAGACUAAAGGGACAAGUUGCAAGGCAGUCCAAUUUGCGACCCAGUACAGAAAUCCAUUGUGGGUUUCUAUUGAAUGGAUCAAAAACGACACACAUUGCGGGGCAACCACCAUUGCUAGUCAUUUUCCUCUUGAUUGUUUCUGCAAGCUUGCUUCUUGUUUUUCUAACUGGAGAUAAGUAUCAUGGUGUGGCUGCUUGCUGUUCUACUGUACCUUGCCCCCAGGGGUGGUACUUGUUUCAGGGGAGAGGAGUCUGAGACAGCCUUGUUACACAUUGGGGACUAUUCUAAACCUGCAUUCAAUCUAACAUCACAACAAACACUACACCGUCGGAAAAUACUUAUGGAAAAUACCGCUACACUUUGGCUGAAAUUCCAUUGGUUAAUUCCCAUGGUGAAGAGAAAAAAAAAGCCAUUGUCUCUGCGUCACGAAAAAAAGCACGUUCACAGUAAUGUCAAUCAGACUAAACAGAAGAAAACAAAGCUCAUUAUAAUGAUAUGUUUUUCUUGACACUGGAGCAAUGUUGCUGCUUCUCCAGUUGGAUUCAACACAGUAAACGCCUCACGAUUACUGUACACAGCCAUGUAUGUAUUUUGGGGUAUAUGGAUUAUAUACUGAUCACACAUAAAUUACACUGAUUGUUGGCUUGAAACACAUCUGCCCAAAUUUGCUGAGCACCAAUUUUACUUUGGACUUUUAGUUGAAGUGCAUUGUGUAAUCGUCUGACUGGAGCAGGUUUACAGGUUGGCAUACAAUCUGAACGAAGAUCUCACUCCUUUGCUCUCUCCUAUUGUCUUGCAAUACGCACAUGAGUGACAGCUCCUCUCUCUGGCUACAUCCCCACACAGGCAGUAGCCAUGGUGAUUGUCGCACAACUCUCUUUCUCUGUCUCUCACCCUUCUCUCUGUUUUCUUUUAUUCUCUUUUUCUGGCUACAUGUGGUGGAGGUAGCUACUCUUCGGUUGACGCUGUGUUUCUCUACGCGUGCAUGCUUGCCCUGUCUUCUUGCCUGUGCCAGUCCUACGGGGGGGUGUAUGUUGUUGUCUCGAUCUCUAUUACGUUAACUCAUCAUUUGUGGUGUGUUAUCUUCUUUCCUUCUUACCCUGUGUUUGUGCCUGUGGUUUUGUGAUUUUAUUAUUUUGGGGGGUAUUAUUCUUUUGUCAAUGCAUGACCACUUUGCUUUCCCCUUGAAUUCUUGAUAUGUCCAUGCCGUUUCUCUUCCAGAGAGACACACUGACAGUUUCAUAUCUCUCUUCUGUUUGUUUUUUUACUUUUUAAAGCUUCUUUUAACUGAGGUUAAUCUGGGAGCGGCUUCUCUUUACAUUAGCUGAUUACCAACUCAAACUGACACAUUUAAGCAUUUGUAUGUCCAUUGAUAAAGAGAUGCAGUACAUAUUAUCGAACUGAAGUCUCAGUGUAUUCUGUAAGUAUUUUGUGCUUUGAAUUCACUGUGUACUGUUCCUUUGAAAACGUACCUGUAUACUGUACAUAACUGGUGUGAAAGCAAAGUUUGUUUCUUGACCGUUGACAGUAAUGAUGUAAUUAUACUCUGGUGUGUGUGUGUGUGAUAUGUGAUAACUAUAUGCUUAAGCUUGGAAUCAUGUCUUCAUUUUUUAUUUAUUUUAUAGUAAAAUAAUGCCUGUUUUAUUUCUUUUGAGAAGAACAAUACCUCUUGUUAUUGUUGGGCUUUGUUUCUCCUGGAAAUGUUAUCUGAAGUCUAAUAUACCAUGUUGGAGUUUAGAAAUAAAUGUAAAUAUGAAGUGGGGGAAAAAGGGACGUGUUACUGUAGAAAAGCAUACAACAGCUGCAGUAGUGAUGUUUUGCUGACAUACAGUACACUGUGAGGUUCUGCGGACGAAAUUAGGAAUGGUACAGAUGCAUACAUUACCAUCACAUCUAUCUGUCAUUACAACUUGUUCUAACACUUCAGCCCACUAGAUGGCAUAUUUGUCACAGCAAAUUAUUCUGAGUCGCUGGUGCUUUCCUUGCGAGAGAGUGUGUGCGCUCAAUUGCAUGCUUACGUUCUUGCUUCAUUAUUUUCACCACAAAAAUCGAAUUUGCUCAACAUGCACAUACUGUACAGUGUCUUAUGACUGAUACACGGAUAGUUCUCAUGUGUCAAUUCUCUCGUUGGAUACCCUUUUCACACUGUUAUGGCUGAACCAUACUGUGCUGGCUUGGAUAUUUAGUUUUCACAUUUGUAUUUGUUUUAUUAUGGGUCCCCAUUAACUCUUCCUUGGGUCCAGCAAAAUUAAGGCAGUUAUACAGUAUACAAUUAAAAACAUGACAUUUCACAACACAAUAAGUGUGUGCCACUACUCUACCACAUAUCUACAACACAAAAUCCAUGUGUGUGUGUAUGUUAUCACAUUGGUCAGUAAUUAGUUCAGCAGGUGACAACUGCUAGGCCACGAUAAAGUUAGGAACUUCUUACAUCACUUCCUUCAUUUGUUCUCGAUUGGAUUUUACUGUUUUGGAAUGCAAUGGGCCUCAGGAAUGGGAGCAGAGUAAUUCAAAACAAGUUGAGUAACUCUCAUGCUUUAGCCAGCAGCCCUGGCGUUCUGUUUGUGUGUGAGAAUUAGGUUGUUUCUGCACCCCACCCCUUAUACAUCCUGUGCUUCUCCUGCCCCAUCUUGUCCAUGAUCAACUUUUUAUUUUAUUUUUUGGUCCUAAAUUACAUGGAUCAUUAAUACACUAGACAGUAGACCCUUCUAGAAUGCCUGCCUGUUCUCCUGGUUGUACGAUCAUAAAGACGCAAAGCAUGAAUGAGCCAUUAUAACACAAGCUGUGCUAUUUGAGCUGUAUUUCUCAAGAAGAUUCAGCCCUAGGGCAAGAAUCCCCCUCCUGAACACCGCACUGUGUGUGCGUGUGUUGACAGUAAUUUAGGCAUCAUAAUGUUUGAUGAGCUGGGGAAUGUGCAGCCAACCCCCAUAAACGGUCGUUCCUAGUUCUCCGAAGAGUAACAGGAGCCUUGUCCUUGGGAGCCUGGAAUUCCUGUUUGGCUCCCAGUGCUGGAAAUCAUGUCACUGCACUGGAUUGAGACCCCACCCCUCUUUAUUUGAAAGGGAUCAUUUACACCCCCACAUACACAUCUUUAACAGUGUCUAGAAUGAAACAAAUCUGAAAAUGUCUGGCAUGACUUUUAAUGUGUUGAAACGUUCAGUAGUUCUUGAUCCUUAAAAUACGUGGGAACCAUUUAUGUUGGACUUCGGUCAUUGAUGGACUUCAGGUUUAGCCUUAACACUGCAGAUUUAUUUAGACUCCAAUGGAUUUAUGCAUUGGAGACGUGUCUCUGUGCAGUUAGUAAAAAUGACCAAGACCACUCCCACAGACUAGUUGUCAUGUUACUAAGGUUACAGGCUGAAAAGCCCCUGCAAAAACAAUGUAUCGAACAAAUUUGCACAGACUAUAAAACCUCUUAGCUCAUUAUUCAGUCAAAUAUCCUAUUUACUUUUUGGAUGUCAUUUGAAUCACUUUGUUUUCGUCAAGAAAUGAUAUGAACAGCCUAGUUUGAACCAUAUAGGAACAAUGAGACAUUUUUAAAUGUGUUGACGUUGAAUCAAAAUGUUAAACUGAUUGGAUUUGCACAAAGUCAUCAAUGUAAAGGGAUUUCGUCUUAUUACCCUGUGUUUAACCUAAAUCCAAUGACAUGCUAGCUUUUUAUGCUGAUUUCACAUCGAAUUCACGUUUGUUGACAAAUCAAACACACUGGGGAAAAAAUAUAAACACAUCAUGUAAAGUGUUGCUACCAUGUUUCAUGAGCUGGAAUAAAAGAUCACCUAAAUGGUCUAUACUGUACGCACAAAAACCUUAUUUCUCUCAAAUUUUGUGAUUUUUCUUUACAUCCCAAUUAGUGAGAAUUUCUCAUUUGUUAAUCCAUCCACCUGACAGGUGUGGCAUCUCAAGAAGCUGAUUUAACAGCAUGAUCAUUACACAGGUACACCUUGCGCUGGGGACAAUAAAAGGCCAGUCUAAAAUGUGCAUUUUUGUCACUCAACACAAUGCCACCGAUGUCUCAAAUUUUGAGUGAGCAUGCAAUUGGUAUGCUGACUUCAGGAAUAUCUAUCAGAGCUGUUGGCAGAGAAUUGAAUGUUAAUUUCUCUACCAAAAGCGGCCUCCAAUGUUGUUUUAGGGAAUUUGUCAGUGGGUCCAACUGGCCUCACAACCACAGACCACCUGUAUGGCGUUGUGUGGAAGAGCAGUUUGCUGAUGUCAACGUUGUGAACAGAGGUCGGUGGGGUGGGGUUAUGGAAUGGGCAUAAGCUACAGACAACGAACACAAUUGCAUUUUAUCAACGGCAAUUUGAAUGCACAGAAAUUCCGAGACGAGAUCCUGAGGCCCAUUGUGCCAUUCAUCCACCGCCAUCCCAUUAUGUUUCAGCAUGAUAAUGCACAGCCCCAUAUCGCAAGGAUCUGUACACAAUUCCUGGAAACUGAAAAUGUCCCAAUUCUUCCAUAGCCUGCAUACUCACCAAACAUGUCACCCAUUGAGCAUGUGCGGGAUGUUCUGGAUCGACGUGUACGAAAGCAUGUUCCGGUUCCCGCCAAUAUCCAGCAUCUUCGCACAGCCAUUGAAGAGGAGUGGGACAACAUUCCGUAGGCCACAACCAACACAAGCCAGGUCAACUCUAUGUGAAAGAGAUGUGUCACACUGCAUGAGGCAAAUGAUGGUCACAUCAGGUACUGACUGGUUUUCUGAUCCACGCCCCUACCUUUUUUUUUGGGGGGGGGGGUGUCUGUGACCAACAUAUGCAUAUCUGUAUUCCCAUUCAUGUGAAAUCCAUAGAUCAGGGCCUAAUUUAUUUAUUUUAAUUGACAGAUUUCCUUAUUUGAAAUGUAACUCCAUAAAAUUGUUGAAAUUGUUGCAUGUCGCGUUUAUAUUUUUGUUCAGUAUGAAUGUAAAUCAAAACUAUAUGUUGAAAUGAUGUCUGUGCCCAGUGGGAUGUUUCCACUUUUAAGCAAGGGAUAAACUAUUCACCUGGUGCAACGCUAAGUAAAUCUCGUCCCAGGUGUACAGGUGUAGGAUCUUCAUUUUACCAGUAUUGUAGCAGCAAAAUAAUCCUGCAGAAACAGGAUUUGAAUGUUUAGUCCAUUCACACUUUUCCGCCAAUGUAAUGUUGCUUAUUCAGUGGUUAGGCUAUUAGCUAGCCAUAAUUAGGCUACGUGAAAAGUGCAAUAUAGUGAAUUUAUGUCAAUCCUGCGAUGCAGGACAUUUCUUAACAACAACUGAGUGGUCAAAUUAUGAUCCUACACCUGUAUCAACAGACCAAUGCCACUGGGCAAAAACUGGUUUAAUCAGCGUUGUUGGAAUAGACAUUGAAUUGAUGUCUGUGCCCAGUGGAAUGCUUACAAUGUGAAACUCAUCUAACGGUCAAUAGGUUCCAAUAUGUCCUCUCCUCAAAAUACAAAAUUGUACAACUAGCAUACUUGAAUUUAAAUCUGUAAUAUUGGUGGAAAAUAGCAGGGCAGCAUUUCCUGUUUGAGAGGAAGCGGGAAGUGACUGGAGGAUGGUGAUACUGCACUCUGGGCCCUCAGAACAAUACAAAGUCUCCCUCACACAGGAAACGGAUCUGCGUCAAAGUGGACCUGACAGAGUUUUAUAAAGGCCAACGGCAAAGACCCUAAAGAGGCAGGAUAAAUCACUGUUUUCAAUCCACACACUCUGACUUAUACCCCAGUCUUGAAUUAAAAAUAUCCCUUCGAAACAAUGACUGUAAGCAGCUUGGACAGUAAAGUAAAAAAUAUAUAUAUUUGGCUCUAUACUCCAGGAUUUUGGAUUUGAGAUCAAAUGUUUGAUAUGAUGUGACAGUACAGAAUGUCACCUUUUCUUUGAGGGUAUUUUUUAUACAUAUCGAUUUUACCGUUUAGAAAUGAAAGCACUUUAUGUAUCUUGUUAAAAUGCUUCUGAUGUUUGUAAUUUCCACUUAGAAAUGUUAGACUUGAUUUUCCCUUACGAAAAAUGUAUCAACCCCUACAAAAAUGUCCAUUAAUUGUAAUCCACAUAAUAAUUCACAUUUCCUGUUGCUGAAGGAUUAUUUUCCUGCUGUAGCAAACUGGCUCAAAUUAAGGUCCUACAUAUGUAUAGUAUAAUGGUCGAAUUUAUUUGUUUUUAUAAUCACAGACAAUUGUUUUAACAAAUCGAGCUGCUUUAGACAUGGACGCUAGACAGCACGUAGUUCUUUGAAGAUGUCAUUCAUGGAGCAUUUUCAGCAGGAUGGAAGUGUGUUAGCACUUCACAACUGUUUUUAUCAGUUGGAAACACACACAGGAAUUCCGGCUUGGGAAUGACCGUCAAGUUCCUGGCCACUACGGGAAGGUGUGCAUAAAAAGCACUUCCAAAGCGGGCAGCCUGUACCAUUCAGCGAGGGAACACAAGGGAAGUACACAUUUGUAUAUAUCGAUGAAACCAAAGUUGGGAGAUGGCCUAGAUGAUAGGCCUAAAGUCAGUCAAUUGAGUAGAGGUGAUGUGGCAGCUGCAACCGCGGAGUCUCAAGACGCUUGGCAUUGUGUUCUCUAUUCUAUGAUGGGAGCUACCCUUACCUCUAACCUCAACACCCAAUGAAACUGGAGGCCUGCAGUAUUUUAAAGUGGGAUGGGAUCGUUGACUCCUCUGAACCAGACCAAACCUUGGAUUUCGUCCAACAGGAAAACAGAAGAUAAAGAGUAUCUGCCUGCUUUACGGUCCAUUAUUACUUUUGGUACGCGCUAGGCCAGUCUCGAACUCGUACCGUGAGUAAUAAUGCACUGUGGCUGUCACUGCCAACGAGGGAAAGACCACACCACCAUGUCUUACUUUCACUGUUCUCCAUAUUCCUAUGCAUCUCAUUGUUGUAAUGCACGAAAUUCAUGAAAACAGUGUUUGAAACUCUAAGGCCAUGUGUGGGGAAAGACAGCAUUUUAAUAUAAUCUUUUUUCUACUUUCAUAAAGAAACAGACUAUUCAUUUUACUUAACUAUUAUUGUUGAGUUGUUUACAUGAAAUAUAUGUUGCAUUUUCUGUACCUUGUAAUAGUGAUUGUAAGCUAUAUACAACUGAAUAAUAAUAAAAAAUACUUGAAUAUA